UUUAUAUUUGUAGCCGUCUGCGUUCGAAAACGAUCCAUUUGAUGACCUCUCGUCUUUAUUCUUGUCAAACGGAAAGCAAACCCUAGAGAGAGAGAGAGAGAGAGAUCGAAGAUGGUGUUCUACUUCAAAGCCCGACCUGAAGCUGGAGACUACACCAUCUUCAUGGGUCUUGACAAGUUUGAGAACGAAGAGCUCAUCAAAUACGGCUUCCCCGAAGACAUCUGGUUCCAUGUGGAUAAAAUGUCUUCUGCCCAUGUUUAUGUGAGGCUUCGGAAGGGUCAGACAAUUGAUGACAUAUCCGAAGGGCUUCUUGAAGACUGUGCUCAACUUGUCAAAGCAAAUUCUAUCCAAGGAAAUAAAGUGAAUAACAUUGAUGUUGUUUAUACUCCUUGGCAAAACUUAAAGAAGACUCCAUCUAUGGAUGUUGGUCAAGUUGGUUUCCACAACAAUAAAUCCGUGCGCACUGUAAGAGUGGAGAAGCGAAUAAACGAGGUUGUUAAUAGGCUCAACCGCACAAAGGUUGAAAGGAAACCUGAUCUGAAAGCUGAGCGUGAAGCGGUUAAUGCAGCAGAAAGGGCAGAGAGGAAGCAGCUGCUGCGAGACAAAAAACGAAGAGAAGAAAUGGAGAGACUGGAAAAGGAGAGACAGGCAGAGGUGAGGAGCUACAAAAAUCUGAUGGUUGCUGACAAAAUGACUUCCAACAAAGAGAUUGCAUCAACCCAGAAAUCCUUGCAGGAACUUGAAGAGGACUUCAUGUAAAACAACAUCCAUCUAUCUUCACAGUACAACCAAACUAAACUGUUCCAUAAAAUGACACUAGCCCCCAAGUCUCUUGGUUUGCUGAUUCUUAUUUAAUAAAGCUAAAUCAAAUGCGCAACUCCAAGGAGAGGGGGAAUCUUGCUUUGUAUGAAUUUACCCUUUUAUAAGUGAUUGGUUUGUUUGAAUCUUA